ACCGGAACAGACACGUGACACGGAACAGGAAGUAAAUAAACUGCAUUCCCGCGCAGUUGAAUCGGUGGUAGAAGAAGACCUCCACAUUCGCGGAUAAUCGAACAAAAUGGACGAGCUUUAUUUGGAUAAUAUUGACGAAUUUGUCAACGACCACAACAAGAUAGUGACCUACAAAUGGCUGAGUCUAACACUUGGAGUCCAUGUCAACACAGCAAAACAAAUGCUCUACCACUACCUGGAUCACAAGAGGAAAGAAAGUUCAGCUCAGCUCCAUGCCACCUAUCUCGUGUCGGGGAAGUUUGUGGACAACGGCCAGACGAGCCACAAGAUAUCAGUUGUCAGAGAGGACCAACUGGAAGAUUUCAAAGCCAAGAUGAGCUUGAUUGUGAGUGUCCAUGUCUACAGUGUCCAGAAAGCUUUACUGAAAGACAGCAGCCCCCUCUACAGCGUCGACUAUGAUGCCGUGAAAGACAACCUGAAGAACUGCAGCAAAUACAGUGCGAUCCACUGCACCAGUGCAGUGCCCAUGUCCUCUCUGGAGCUGCAGCAGAGGAGAGAAAUGCAGCGGGCGCCUACACCAGAGCCUGCAGUAAAAAAAACUGGCAUGAACGGAGAGGCUAAUCUGGCUUCGAAACCAUCCACCAAACCGCCAAAAGGCAUCAUGGGAAUGUUUGGAAAUAAAGCUGCUCCCAAGAACCAGGACAGUGGCAAAGAGGUCAAGUUGGAACAGAAGGAAGAUGCACCUGUGGCUGAUGCCCCCAAAAGCAAACCAGCUGCAAAAACCAAUCCGAUGAUUAACUUUUUUGGGACUCAAACAGCAAAGAAACCUGACAACAAAACUGUGAAGGUGGAGGAAGCAGCUCAGACGUUAAGCACAGCAGAGCAGCAACACCAGGGUUCACAGCCUGAAGAAAAACACGAAGCUGCUGCAGUGGAAUCACCAAAAGACAUUAAGAAAGAUUCCAGGAGCAAAACCAAGCGAAUUGAAGAUUCUGACAGUGAGGAGGAAAAAAUGGAGAAGAAAAAAAGGCGGAGGAUUAAGAAACCUGAACCAGACAGCAGCGAUGAAGAUGUUAUUCCAGAUUCUCCACAGCAGAUGGAGACAAGGGAAAAAUCACCAAGUCCUGUCAAGGAGGUCGAGUCCGUUUCACAUUCACAUCAGGGUGUCUCUGAAGUGAAGAUAAGGAAGAGGAGACGGGUCCUGAAAUCUCGCACCUUUGUGGACGACGAAGGAUGCAUCGUGACCGAGAAAGGCUACGAGAGUGAAUCGUACUCUGAGGCAGAAGACGAUGCUCAGGCCACCAAACAAGCUCCAAAGGGUCCCGUCCCUGCAAAACUACCAGCAAGUAGCAAAGAGGGUGAGAAGAAAAGUCAGAAGAAAAUGUCUGCCAACGCAAAUAAAGGAACUAAACAAGCUUCCAUUAUGGGAUUUUUCCAAAAGAAAUAACAGAAGACAACAUCGGACACUUACAUCAGCACUAAGGAACAACAAGCACUGCUACAGACUUUGUGUAAUGAUCUCAACUGACCCUGAAACACAUCGUAAGGACAACAUGUGGGAGCGUCUUUUUCUGGAUGACAAAGAUGUUAAAUUUACAGUUUAAAAUGCGAAUAUAAGACCUUCUCAAUAAACAUUGUUGGACACUGAAGCUAAACAUAAAUCUCGCCUCAAAAUGGACAUAAAGGUGUUUAAAAUGAUAACUGAAGGAAGGUGACACGAUUUCAGUUUGAGAAGAAAUUGCAAGUGUUACAACAAUGUUGAUACUAAUUAUAGAAAAAGACAUUACUGUAUCUUUGCUUUUCAAUCGCCAUAUUCUCAGAGGAUAGAGGUGUACCAAUUUUUUUUUCUAUUAUACUUUAUUUUUCAUACAUCAGGAGGAUCCAUAUGGCACACAAUAUUUCUGUUUGAAAGGUUUUUUCUCAGUCAGGACUACUGCAGCAUCACUCACUGUAAAUUGCUCUAAAUGUAUUUCAAAAACCUGAAAUGUAGAAAAUAAAUGUUGGUACUUUGAUUUGCUUAAAGGAUAAUUCUGGUAUUUUUUAAUCAGGGCCUUAUUUUCUCAUGUUCUUUGGGUAAUCGUGGGACACUAUACCAGGCCACCGCAAAUAUCUGCUGCAAUGUAAUCCAAUGUGAAUUAUUAUACGUGACUUAUUAUAUAGACUUUUUUAAAAUAAGAAAAUAAGGCCCUGGUUAAAAAAUACUGCACAUAUCCCUUAACCAUUUCAAACCUGGUGGUAGCUAAGCAUGUCCACACUUAAUAAAGUGACCAUGGUCAAAUGCAC